AUGCUUAUUACAGUGGAGAGACACGAAGACUUUGAGGGAAUGCUUCUAAUUAGAGGUCUUUCCAAGGGAUCUUCUACAUACAUAGGAACCAUUCGGCUGUAUACCAUAGGAAACAAGACAGCAAUAACAUACACAUCGGAUGUCUUAGGAAGCAACCAUGUCUUUAUAUACCACAAGAAAGAGGCAGAGUAUGGCCAAAAGAGCGCAGAGAUACUGCACAUGCAGCUGGACAGCCAGAUACUAGACCCAAUACUGAAAGAGUCAAAUGUCCCAAAAGAGUACAAAGUAAGGGCAUCAGCUCUGAUGAACGGCGAAAUAGAAGUAAAACUUAUGCACAUCGAGUCAGGAGAUAUAAAGGUACUAUCAGCAGUAGAAGGCCUAGACCACGCAGUGGAUAUCUUCGAAGACAUUCCCGUAGAAGUAAAGCCAUCAACAGCGCUCUCAUCAGAAGAAACCCUUGUCCAUCUUUUCAUGGACACUUUGCUGACAUAA